AUGGAUGGAUUUGAUUUCGACACUGCCCCAGCCGAGUUCCAGAAGGUACGGAGGGUAGUGGAGACAGCUUUCAUUGUCUCCGGGAUUGGAUGGGCACUGAACUACUUCUUCACCAUCCACAAAGCAUACCAGGACCGCAUGUCUGGUGUGUCGCUGAUCUCUUUGUCCAACAACCUGGCCUGGGAGCUUGCCUUUGCCCUGGUGAUUCGACCACCCAACCCGUUCACAAGGGUCAUCUUUCCUCUGUGGCUGUCUAUCAAUGUUUUCGUCCUGUAUGUCACGGUCAAAUUCGAGAGAGAGUCGGGUUCCCAUUCGCCAUUCGUGCGGAGACAUUUACCGUUUAUCACUUCCAUCAGCAUUCUAGGUCUGUUGUCUGGCCAUCUCGCCUUCUCAUCCCAUGUUGGUUCAUUGGCAGCUCUCUACUGGGGUGGGAUGCUUUGCCAAGUGACGCUCAGCGCCAGUGCACUGGGCCUCCUUCUUCAGCGAGGCCAUACGCGAGGCAUGUCCUAUAAGAUGUGGCUCUCCCGGCUUGUUGCUUCCUGCUUCGCGGUGCCAGGGCUGUUUGUCAGAGCCGCUUACUGGCCAGCAAAAUGGGACUGGGUCAACAAUGUUCUCAUGUACUGGCUUGCGGGAGCUUUCUAUUGCCUAGAUAUAACUUAUGGGGUGUGCUUCUGGUAUUUCCGCAGACUCGAACGGUCGAACCUCGGUGACACUCGGGUCAAGCAAGGAUAG